CUCAAUAUAUAUAUCACGUGUAAUUGUUUUGUCAAUAAACUUUUAAAGUAAAUACGUCGUAAAUUAAUUAUUUUUAACAAUUAUUCGACAAAUUUUAACUCAUAAAUUAUUGUAAUGGCCAAUGAAGAAGGUUUUGAACAAUUUGAAGAUGAGGAAACUGAUGUACCAAUUGGAUCAUUACCUAGUGGACGUAAACGUUUGUUCUCAAAGGAAUUGCGUUGCAUGAUGUACGGAUUCGGCGACGACCAAAAUCCCUACACCGAGAGCGUCGAUUUAUUAGAAGAUUUAGUAAUCGAAUAUAUCACAGAAAUGACUCACCGUGCGAUGGAAAUAGGACGUACUGGACGUGUCCAGGUCGAGGACAUUGUCUUUUUAGUGAGAAAAGAUCCACGUAAAUACGCGCGUGUAAAAGAUCUUUUGACAAUGAACGAAGAAUUAAAGAAAGCGCGAAAAGCUUUUGAUGAAGUUAAAUACGCAGAAUAACGUCGUUAACUCCAACGCCUUGAUAAGAAGAACCACAAAUCGCUAGAGCCAUUCCAUGGUCAGUUAUGUACUCACGUAUCCGUUUCAUACGUGCGUCGUGACCAACAAUCUGCUGGGGAAUACAAUCCUUCAAGAUUUCAACGUCAACAUUUACCGGAUUAACUUUGACAUUUAAUGUGAUACGCAAUUGUUCCAACGCAAUCGACAGUAAAUUGUCCUCCGUUGGAUUGCUACCGAAAUGAUGAUCAAACCAGGCACCGCCCAUCAUUGCUGUUACUACCUGUAAUUUAUUAUUAUGAAUUUAAGAAAGUUUUAAGCCAACGAAAUACUUGUUGAGAAUUUUUAAUUCAAAAAAAAAAUUUUUUCAAAAAUUUCCCGGUCAAGUUUACGUUUUAAAUUUAUUGUGUCGUAACUAUUGGAUUUAUGUAAAAAUACAUAGAGACCUUUUUUAUAGAAAAUUUUAUUCUCUACAAAAUUGGUCUGAUACAUUUUUCCCGUAUCUUGAAUACUUUAGCGGCAUUUUAAAUAUUUUGGUAAAAAAUAAAAGUUUUAUUUAAAUUUACAGAAUCUCGAAAAAUUCACAACAAAUUAUUUCUUGUAAUUUUACCCCGGCGUAUUAAAUAUAAAUAAAUAAAAUAUAUAAAAUAUUUACCGUUGAUUUUUGUGGGUAAACACACGAAUCAAAAAUAACCCCGAGCAAUGGCAAGUUCUGAUUUGGCGGGACCAAGAAACCAAAAGCUUCGCACGGCAAAAUGUUUUCCUCAAACUCAAAAUUAAUAACAGCGACUGUAACACUAGGUAUUGCCUCCAACUCAUCAGCCAAUUCCGGAUGCUGUUGUCUGACCAUCGGCGCAAGAUUUUUAGCCGGAAGACUAGAAAUUACUUUAUCAAAUUUUUGAACCUUGCCAUCGACCUCAACGUCAACUUUCCCUGGGGCGAAAGUCAAGUUGCUGCACUUUUUAAACUGCACAUCAACUUUACCCCCCACGUGCUCCGCCAUCGCGAUGGGAAAUUGCUCGAGUCCGCCUUCUAGUGUCCAUACUGCCCAUUUUUCCUUUUCCGCCCUUAGGGCCAACUUCGAAGGGCCUUUUGUGGUCCGUCCCAAGGUCGUAUUCUUCAUAUCCUCCAGCCUUUUCUUUUCAAUAUCUCCCUGCAUUCUGUUGGUCUUCAGCGUUCCCUUGAGAAUGGAGCCAUGCUUCUGCUCAGCUUCGAACAUCGACCGCAUCAGGAAAUUAACGCUCAAUUUUUUAGCAUCCCCAGCAGCUAUCCCGCAAACCAUCGGACUGAUCAAGUACUCCGCGACAUCCUUACCCAGCCUUCUUUCAACGAAACUGUACAAAUCCUCGUCGUCUUUCUCGACCCUCGGAGCCUUCAACUCGUUCCAGAGCGACAGGAUAAGCGGACGUUUUAACGGCGCGCGUAUUUUUAAUAAAUCCAUGAAUGAGUUUGGCAAAACGUGUAAGCUUUUGUCAGCAUAAAUGAGCCGUUUUUUAGCUGCCGGAUGAUUCGGCCCGAUGCUGAUCACCCGGUCAGUUAAAUUUAGCUCCUCAAUAAUACGAAGAGUAUUUUUGCCACCGAUACCAGUAGAUCGCAUGGUACGAGGACCCUUUUCAAACAUCGCUCCUGUAGGUGAUCUCUUGCUGCGUAUCCAUCCUCCAAGACGGUCAGAUGCUUCGUAGAGAGUCAAAGCACCCAGACGUGGGUUCUCCAGGGCGUAAAAUGCCGCCGACAGACCGGCUAUGCCUCCACCCAGAAUCGCGGUCAUUUCAAAAGUCUCCAAAAAAAAAAACAAUUUUUUUUUAUUUAUUGUCUAGGAGUAAUUGUCCAAAUAAUACAAACAUGUGCUUACCUUAUUGUGAGUCGGCGGAAUUAUGACAUUUAUUUACUUGACUGUUUAAUCUUCUGAUGGUCAACUGGAGUAUGCGGAGUUUAACCACCAGGUGGUGGUAAAAUGUCAAGUUGUUGCUUGUACCUGUGAAAAUUAUUUGAAUAAUUUGUUUCUUUUAUUGAAAACAAUAAAUUUAUGACAAAACUUACGGCCAUGACCAAGUGCUCAGUGUCCUCAUGCAGAGAAAAAGGAACUUUCACUUUUCCAAAGGAUAAAAAACGACGUUUGCUAUGGGAGCGAGCUAUUGAUAAAAACUUCAAGUCUUCAAGUUCAUCGAGGUUAUGUUCCAUUCAUUUUAAAGACGAGGAUGUCAUCAAGAAUCGAGAAAGUUAUUAUACUGGACUCAUCAGCACAAGGAGAUUUUUAAGACCUGGCGCCGUGCCCACACGGCAUUUGAACCAGCCUUCAAACCGGGCAAGAGAAGCUCGGAAAUUUUUAUUUGAUCUGGAAUCUUCUGAUGAAGAAUCGUCACCUCCAGUGGAAAAUUUACCAGACGCAGAUCCACCAAAGGUUGGAGAUGAUCCGGAAAAUAGAAUAAAAAAUAAUUUAGUUGCGAAAGUAUCUUUUGAAAAGGAAAUAGAAUCAGUGCAAGAAUACUCAGUACCUGUUGAUGACCAUCAUCCUGGUUCAUUAAAUUUAAAAUGAAUAUUUAUGAUUUCGAACUCUGUUUGAUGCUCGGUGUAAGUGGACCCAAAGGUAUCAGUAUUUUGCACCCGUGGAUUUUUUUCUCUCAGAGAUGGUCGAUGGUCGCCGAUUGAUAAAAGUCACCGCUGAAAGAAUCAGUCGAGUUUUGUAUGAAGAAAUUUUAAAAAAUUACAGAAUAAAAUUCGCAUAUUAGCGCGCGAAAUUUGAAAGACAGAAAACUAAGACAUUUAUAAAAAAUUACAAACUUAUCAGUUUGAUUACGAAGAUCUAAUAAAUAAAAUUUGUUUUUUGUUGUA